AUGAGACAAGACCUUGAAGGAGAUGUGAAUGUUAUUGAUGGUGGCCAAGUCCUUGAAGGAGAUUAUGUUGAAUGGAGGAUGCAGAUGAUGUUGGCUUCAUUAUUGAGAAGGGGUUUUAGGGUUCUGAAAGAAAAAGGGUUAAUGGAAGAAGAAAAGGGUCCAAGUUCUAGUGCUACCAACAAGGAAUCUCCUUGUUCCAUUUCACAGUCUCCAUCAAACCCUAAUCCAUCCCACAAAAGAAAAGCAGGCAGAAAAAAGUUUAGGGAGACAAGACACCCUGUGUACAGGGGUGUACGCCAAAGAAACGGAAACAGAUGGGUGUGUGAAAUUAGGGAACCAGUGAAAAAGUCAAGGAUCUGGGUAGGCACAUAUUCUUCUCCUGAAAUGGCUGCUAGGGCACACGACGUCGCUGUUUUAGCCCUUAAUGGCAUCUCUGCUAAGUUCAAUUUCCCCGAUUCAGUUUCCCUUCUUCCCCUUGCAAAGUCUUCUUCUGCUGCAGAUAUAAGGGAAGCAGCAAAAGCUGCUACUGUCCAUGAUACUUUCACGCCAAACUCCUCUUUUUCUUGUUCCUCUCACGGAAAUUCUAGUUUUGAAGACAGUUUAUUUAACACGAGCAUGCACGAUGAUGAGUCUGAAACCGUGUUCUUUGAUGAGGAGGCACUGUAUAAUAUGCCAGGUUUGUUGGAUAGUAUGGCCGAGGGUUUGCUGAUUACUCCACCCUCUACAGCACUGGACUGGGACCCUUCUGAUUCUGAAAUAGACCUUACUCUCUGGAAUAACUGA